AUGGCAGCGCCAGGACCCGCAAGCGACUACCAUGAGCAGUCGAUGGACGGCAAGAUCGCGUACAUCUACGAGCGCAUGAAGGACUCGCCGUUCCUCGGGCAGUGCCGGAAUACGAUGAAGCAAGAGGUCAAGAAGCAACUCAACGCGAUGGACGCGACCGACGGCCCGAUCGAGGUCAACCUGAGCUACCUCAUGCAGCGACUUGGCCUCACGCAGGCCAUCAAGAACGCCGUCAUGGACAUGCACACGCAGGCCAUGAGCCAGCGCCAGGACGCGAGCCCGCACGACAAGCGGCUCUUGAUCCGCGACGACGACCGGAAGGAGCCGCUGGACACGAUCGAGGCCGCCCGUCAGCAGUGGGACACGAGCAUGACGAGCGCGUUCGUCCAAUACUGCGCCGAAACCGAGCUGCCGUACCUCCACGAGACAAAGGACGUCGUGCCCACCAUCGGAACGCGAUUUCUCUGCACAAGUGACGACUUUCUGCAAGCGCUUCAGCGCAUCAAGGCCGUGAACCGCGCUGCCCACAUUGACGCCGACUACUGGUGCACGAUCCAGCCGCUUCUGUACACGAAAACAUCGCUGGAGAUGCAGCAGCGCUACGUGGAGCUCGGGCCGACGCAUGCGCAGUUUGGCCUCGAUGAAGACGUGCCAAACAUCAUUGGCGACUACGUGUACAUUGCCAAUAAGAACAAGAUUGGCGACCGCGUUCUUGUCAACAGCACGGUGCCCAACGCUCGGCAGUACGCCAAGACAGGCUGCCCCAUCAACAUCCGCCCCCACGUGUGGCGCCAAGCGCUCAAUGUCGUCAUCAACGCGGAAAAGCAGGCGCAUUUUAUGCAGCUCCAAGCCCUGACAACGUCCAGCGUGUAUGCGACCGAUGGCAUGUACCUUCUCGACGUCCAGCAGACGACCGACAGCUCCGACUACUUUCCAUUCGAAGACCACUUGCGCAGCGUCAUGCUGGCCUUCUCGCGCGAUGCAUCGAUUCGCACGCAGGCUGCGGCACGUCUCGAGUCGCCCGUCUCGACGACGAUGAGCAACGGCGCGUCGACGGCCGUGCCACCCUCGGGGGUGCUGCCGCUCAGCGGGCUCGUCAUGUUUGCGGCGCCGCUCUGCUAUCUGUACAAUGACCCAGCACACGUCUACUUCAUAUUUCGCGAAAUGUACUGCCGGUACUGGUGCCAGCUCCACGUCAUCUCGUCCCAGCCCAAUGCGAUCCUGCCGCUCUGCAAGACGUUCGAGUCGCUCCUGGUGCGCACGAUUCCGCACGUGGUCCACCAUUUGCUGCAGCAUGGGAUCACUCCACUCGCGAUUGCGUUUCCGUGGAUCCAAAGCGGCUUCUCGGGCGUGCUGGAGAUUGACCAGGUGCUCUUGCUCUGGGACCGCGUCAUAGGCUACGACACCUUGGAGAUUCUACCGAUCUUUGCCGCCGCCCUGUUCACGUUUCGCGCCAAAGAUCUAUUGCUCGUCCUGCGCGCCGAUGAUGUGCGUGAUUUGUUCUCUGAGGCGCUCGAGAUUCAAGUGCUCCCGAUCUUGCAGCAUUUUCUCUUUCCCCUCGACUCGGAGUAA